CAAACACCGAGCUCGUUGAGCUUCCAUGCAAUAGAAGAAGCCUCGGGGUUCUCGCCUGCAUGAUGAUUGGUUGAGGUGCUACAGGCUCGAGUGUUUUCUUCGACAGAACGGCUGCUGUGAUGCACAGGGAGAGACAGAGAGACAAGAAUCAUCCAUCAGCUCCAUAAACCCAUAACGUAAAUUGCACAGAGAUUUGGAGUUGGAGUUCGUAGGGGAGAAAAUUCACGGCAACGAAUGGGGAAUUCAUUUGGGUGCUCUGCCUCAGGGGAGCGAUUGGUAUCAGCUGCAAGAGAUGGCGAUUUCGUCGAGGCAAAGAUGCUGUUGGAUUGCAAUCCAUGCCUUGCAAAGUACUCCACAUUCGGUGGAUUGAAUUCUCCUCUUCAUUUUGCAGCUGCCAAGGGCCACGACGAGAUUGUGGCAUUGUUGCUGGAGAAUGGAGCUGAUGUGAACUCGAGAAAUUAUUGUGGUCAGACAGCAUUGAUGCAUGCCAGUCGGUACGGCCACUGGGAAGUUGUUCAAACCCUUCUUCUUUUUAGAUGCAAUGUUACACGAGCAGAUUAUCUGAGUGGGAGGACUGCCCUCCAUUUUGCCGCCAUCAAUGGACACGUGAGAUGCAUGAGAUUAGUGGUUGCUGAUUUUGUUCCAAGCGUACCAUACGAAACUCAGAACAAUCAAGCUAUAAAUGACUGCAGCGAUGGUUCUAAUGCUAAAUCCAAUGCUCUCUCCAAGUUUGUGAAUAAAGCUGCUGACGGUGGUGUCACCGCCCUUCAUAUGGCUGCCUUGAACGGAUACUUUGACUGUGUGCAUCUCCUACUCGACCUUCAGGCAAAUGUUUCAGCCGUCACAUUCCAUUAUGGAACAUCGAUGGAUUUGAUUGGGGCUGGAAGUACUCCUUUGCAUUAUGCUGCUUGCGGAGGAAAUUUGAAAUGCUGCCAGAUCCUUCUUGCAAGAGGCGCGAAUCGGUUAUCAUUAAAUUGCAACGGAUGGCUUCCUCUCGACGUAGCCAGAAUGUGGGGGCGGCAUUGGCUCGAGCCCCUGUUGGAAUCUCAUUCUGAUCUGCCGAUCCCGACUUUUCCACCUUCAAACUAUUUAUCGUUGCCCCUCAUGAGCAUUCUCAACACUGCCAGAGACUGCGGGCUUCAGUUCUCGGCUAGUGCCUCCGAUGAUGCCGAUAUUUGCGCUGUUUGCUUGGAAAGACCAUGUACAGUCGCCGCUGAAGGGUGCGAACACAAGCUCUGUGUUCGAUGUGCUCUGUACCUUUGCUCGACCAGCAACGUUCCUUCGAGCUCAGCAGCACUGCCGGGCUCCAUCCCGUGCCCGUUUUGUCGCCACGGCAUCGUGUCCUUCUCCAAAUUGCCGGGUUCUACGGCAAGGGAGAUCAAAUUACCAUUAUCAUCGUCGCUUGGACUAUGCACGCCGUGCGUUCUUCACCACAGAGAGCAGGACACAUCUGAAACCGAUUGUUCGAAGAAAAAAUGUGUCGACUCUGUUUCUUCGGAUAUCUUCUGCCCCGUCUCUUGUAGCCCGUUUCCUUCCGUUACGAUCCCGCUCUGCACGUGCAGUGAAGGGCCAUGCCUGAAUUUCAAUUCCGGAGAAAGUGAUCCAGAGGAGUCGUCGCCCCACCGAGCACAGUCGAUGUCGGGCGAGCAGGAGAAGAGUGAAGGAAUGAGACUGGAGAAAACUACUUGCUCGAGUAUGUUCUGGGGACGACGAAGCUGCAGCAGAGAGCAUCAGUGCAACGCCGAAAUCAACGCUUGAGAAAUGCCAGUCGCUGGAAGGUUAAACUCCGGUCUUCCUCGAAGACGACGACGAAGAAUUCCGACUGUCUCUUUUCUAGGUUUGGUUACAUCUUGAGGGAUCCCUUUAGGAAUCUUGAAGGGCUUGUAAGAACAUGCCAAGAACUCUUUUUUUCUUUUUCUUUUUUUGUGUGAUGAAAUAGGCAAGAAUUUGUUGAAUCUCCAUAACGGUUUUGCCUUGUGUUUAUGAUAGAGGCUUAAAUUGAAUGAACUUGUCCUUGUUAAUAUAUAUAACCUUAUAUUAU